GUUAAAUUUCGAACUCGCCCUUAGAAGUUGAUAAGUCUCCAUGAUUCAUGUCUCAUGAUGAAAUAAUAAUAAUAGUAAUCGACAAUUGAAGUGCUUUAUUUACUCGAUCGUGUGGUGUAUAUUUAUGAUACUGUCAUUCUUCUUGUAUUAUUUUAUUUAAUUUGACCAAAUAAAUAUAAAAUCAUGUUCAAUUCAACUCAAGAGCCUGACAUUCCUGCAGCUCUGGCAUUGCUCAAUCAUUUAAGCAAUGAUGAACUCAAAGAAAUACUUAACAAUGAAGGAAAAUUUGAAGAAGUUGUCAAAGACAUUAAACAGUUUAAAGAGCUGGAAACAGAAAAAGAAAUGCUAAUGGCCAGUAAUCGUUCACUUGCUGAAUUUAAUUUGGCAAAACAACCUGAAUUAGAAGAGAGUAAAAAAAUACUCUUGGAACUUGGAGAUAAAGGCAAUGCAUUAUGUUUGAACAUACAAAGAAUUAUGAACGAUAUAAAAAACAAAUCGGAUUGUCUGUCAAUAGAUACGGCAAUGGAACUUUUGCAAUCUUCAGCUACAGAAAUAGAAGAAGAAUCUGAGAAACACGCUGAAAAUUUUCUUGCUGGAAAUUUGGAUGUUGAUGAAUUUUUAGAGCAGUUCCUUGUUAAACGUAAACUGAUGCAUUUACGCAAAGUUAAAGUUGAUAAAAUGAAAGAAUUGAGAAAAAAAUCAAAGUUUCCUAAAAGUGGGUCAAACUACCCACAAGGUCGCAAUUUUUCCGACAUAGGUGUUCCAUAUCCUACAGAUCCUGUAUCAAUGCCAAUGCCAGUGACAUCAUGUUUUCGACCCUAUUAAAUUAAAAACUUUAUUUGUAUAAUUUUUAAAUUGAAAGUCAUAAUUUUUAUUCAACUAGUUUAAAACUUUAUAUUUAAUAAUAUUUAUUCAAGCUAUCGUACUUUCCAUUUACAUUUAUCUUAUCUUCUUUACUAUCUACAUAAAUAAUAAUUCAAUACAUCGAUAAGUUACUAUGAA